AUGACAAACGGAAUCAUUAUGGAACAAACGGGCUCCAUCGAGAGUAGUUAUGAUCACAAGAAAGAUAUGAGGUUGAGCGUUCAGCAGAUUCGUUGGCUGAUGGAGCCGAUUGGCGUUUGGCCGAAAUCAGCCGACUUUUCGCGGAUAGGAAAUCUCGUAUAUUUUCUGAUAAACGUAAUCUGCACCGCUUCAGUCAGCUUCCUCUUCGUGCCAUCUGCCAUCUACAUGGUGCUCGAGAUGCACGACGUAUACCUCAUCCUGAAACUCUCCGGGGCGCUGAGUUUCUGCGUGAUGGCCAUCAUGAAGUAUUCCUCGCUGAUCUUCCGCGAGAACGACAUUCGCAGCGGUAUCAGGCACAUCGAGAAAGACUGGAUGAACACUCGGUACUCCGAAGAUCGCACGAUCAUGAUUAGGAACGCGAAGUUCGGUCGGCGCCUCGUGGCGAUCUGCGCGUUCUUCAUGUACGGCGGCGCCGUUUUCUAUUACCUCGCCCUGCCGUUCAGCGUCGGCAGGAUCACGGAGGACGACGGGAACUUGACGUAUCGCCCGCUGAUGUACCCCGUCGCCAGGGUGAUCGUCGACGCGCGGCGCAGUCCCAUUAACGAGAUCCUCUUUUGGCUACAGUGCGUGUCCGGUUUCAUCGCGCACACCAUCUCCGCCGGUGCGUCCAGCUUGGCCGCCGUGUUCGCGAUACACGCCUACGGUCGCCUGGAAGUCCUCAUGCAGUGGAUCGAACACCUGGUGGACGGGCGGGAAGAUUUCUGCGACAACGUGGACGAGAGAUUGGCGAUGAUCGUGCAGCAGCACGUACGAAUCCUACGCUUUAUAUCGCUAACGGACAAGGUACUGCGUGAAAUAUCUAUAGUGGAAAUUGUAGGAUGUACGUUAAACAUGUGUCUUCUUGGAUAUUUUUCUAUGACGGAAUGGGAGACUAGAGAACCUGCACGUUAUAUAACAUUUAUGGUUCUGCUUGUAUCUCUUACGUUCAAUAUUUUUAUAUUGUGUUACAUUGGCGAACUUUUGCUAGAAAAGUGCAAGAAGGUCGGCGAGGUAUCGUACAUGAUCGAUUGGCAUCGUCUGCCAGGAAGAAAGGGUCUCGCCCUGCUGUUGAUAAUCGCUAUCUCCAAUACGUCGAUCAAACUCACUGCCGGAAAUUUCUUCGAGUUGUCGCUCAGUACUUUCGGCGACGUGGUUAAGACAUCCGUCGCCUACUUGAACAUGCUACGUACAUUAACUACGUAAAAUAUAAAAUUGUCCAAAGUGUAGAAAUUGUUACAACUACUGAAUACAAAAUUAAUGUCAAUUAGUUAUCUAAUGCAUAUAGAAAAGGAAAAAUGA